CUCUCCUCAACUGGGCGCUGGCCCUGAGGGACGACCACUCGUGCCUUUAGUUGUCUCCCUCGCCUUACCCCAACUCUCUCCCACCGCCAUUUCCUCCCCCCCUUCUGGCAUCCCCCCUCCCGCCAGCUCUACUCAACUGGGCACUGGCUCUCAGGGACCGCUCGCGCCUGCGCCCCCUCUCCUCCGUUUCCCGCCUGCGCUUAACCCAGGAGGCCCUGCAGCUGCUAAGGCAGGCUGCUAA